AGGGUCACUUAGGCCGGAGGGGGUUUUUUUUUAGGCUUGAUUUAGUUUUUCCCCAAACGUUAUCUGGGUUCGUGACAUGUCAUGUUCAGCCCUAAAAUUACGUGGAACAUGAGAUUUAUGAUGUUCUUGAUAGCAUUAUGGAUAAAUUGGGAAUUUGUAAUAUUUACAUUAGCCCAUUUUAUCGACGAAGAUGCAAUAAUUGAUACAAAUCGAGCCCACGAGUCGCUCAAAGCACAGCAGUCUCCGGCAGACUUGGAGAGGUUGUAUUUGAGAACCCAAGAUGCGCAUGAUGAUGUUUGUAAAGUAUAUCUGAACACUACAUCUUCAAGAGAUCUAGCAGAUGUUUCGAUCGAAAACACGUUCAAGUGCCACGCGUGUGAAGACCACGGCUUGAAUGAUAAAUGGCGAAACGCGGGACGAAAUAGACCGAAUCCCACGCAAAAUGAAGAAUUUGAGGAAUUUCCCAGAGAACCUGUGACUUGGCGAUACUUGAGACAUCAGCAGAAUUUGGAUGGAGUCGUGGUGUCUGACGUCUAUCAGCCAUUGUUUCAUUGUGACAAUGAUCUUCUUUGGAUGAAGUUUGCCAUCACCCGGCACUCGAAUCCGCGCUUGAUUAUCAAGACCAACUGGACUGAUUCACUCUCACAAAAGCAGUGUCAGUGUAUCCAAAGGAAUGAUGGGCCAUCAAUGCUGCUGAGGACCCAUUUCAAAGACUGCUAUGCUCUAAAAUGGAUUCGAGGCAGAAGGAUGUACUACUCUGUAAGGAUACUUUACUUUGAUCGUCUUCUAAUGAAGAAUUUAUCCGGCACUGCGACCUGUCAUGCUGCCUUCCUGCCACAUGAUGUGCCUUCUACAAGAAAAUCACCCGAAGUUAUCUGUGGAAAGCCAUAUGUGAUUGUAAAAUUACCAGCCAAGAAGAUUAUAAAUGUUAAAGUUUUGGAUAUGCCCAUGCACUUGCCUCGUCCAGUCCUUUGGAAAAGUCACCAUGCUGUGUUUGUCAAAUUGAAGCACUCGGCAAUCAUGGAUGGAAUGCUCCAGGUGGAUUUUCUUGAUAUGACUGGUAAAACACGGACAAUCAAAGGGUCCUGUGUUCAACAGACAUUUAAAAAUGCCAUUAGAAAACGAAGACAAGACCCAUUCGAUUUUAUUUGGGAAUUGGAUCCAAUACCAACAGUUCCCUUUAAACCAGACUGGGCAACAAUCACUGCCCCCUUACACACUAUGAUCCACACUGGAAUCGAUCCUCCAGAGUCCGGUGUUCCUAGUAUUGUCACCACUGGACCAUUUGAUGUUCCACCUGAUGCAACAGUAGAUGGCGGUCUAGAAACGUCACCAAGCACAGAUAGACAGGCAACUACUACUAUUGAUGUUAAUGUAGAACUUGGGAUGGAUGUUGGUCUUUCAGAUUUUGACGUCAAACCCACUGUUCCUUGUGGCGAAUUUGAAGGAACCACUAAAAUGACCCAAAGGAUACUUCCAUCCAGCACAUCUAAAAAUCCAGACCCCACUACAUGGACAAGCAUGCAACCCUUUAGGCCAGCUGAGAUGACUCCUGAUGGAACCCAGAAAUUAGAAACCUCAAGGGCUGCUACACAGCCAAGCAGAAUCACCAAAACUGCACCUACUCUUGUUCAUGAUGAUGGAGAGUUUUGGGUAGAUUUUGGUCUUUCAGAUUUUGAUGUCAAACCCACUGUUCCUUGUGGGGAGUUUGAAGAAAACCCUAAAACGACCCGGAGAAUGCUUCCAUCCAGCACACCUAUAAACAUGGUUACAUUCAGGCCACCUGAUAUUACACUUGUAACAAACCAAACAGCAGAAUUCUCAACUGUGGCUAUACAACCAGGCAGAAUCACCAAAACUGCAACUCCAACAGUUCAUGCUGAUGUAGAGUUUGGGACAGAUUUUGGACUUUCAGAUUUUGAUGUCACGCCCACAGUUCAUUGUGGGGAAUUUGAAGAAACCCCUAAAACAACCACAAGGAUACUUCCAUCCACCACACCUUUAUAUCCAGACCCCACAACAAGGAGAAACACCACUCCUUUCAGGCCACCUGAUAUAACUCUUGGUACAACCAUACAAGUAGAAGCCUCUAUUGUGUUUUCACAGCCAGGCAGAAACACCAAAACUACAGCUACUGCUGAUGUAGAGUUUGCAACAGAUUUUGACCUUUCAGACUUUGAUGCCAUACCCACUCUUCCUUGUGAGGAAUUUGAAAAAACUCCUGAAACAACCCAAAGUACACUUUCAUUAAGCACUCCCACACAUACAGAACAUACUACAUUGAAAAGCACAAGAAUUGACUUUGAUAUACCAUUGACAGAAACAACUACCACUUCAGCUCAAACUACUAGUAUUGGUACCACUUCAGAAAUUACUACCAUGGAUACCACUUCUGCAGAAAAUGCUACCCUUGGAACCACUUUUGCAAAAACUACUACUCUUGGCACCACUUCAGUGGAAAGUUCAUCCAUGGGCACAACUUUUGCAGAACCUACUACCCUGGGUUCCACUUCAGUUGAAACUACAACUUCUGUUAGUUCAACAGGUGUAGUUUUGGAAACGACCACAUUUGAAGUGACAACUGAUGAAACAACCUCAGCUAUAACAAUGUCUGGCUUAACAUCUGCUGUUGAAACCACAAUGCCUGAAACUCCCACUUCUGUAGAAACUUCUACUCUUGGUACCACAUUGAUUCAAAUUGCUACCAUGGGCCCCACUUCACCAAAAACAACUACCUUGGGCAUGACUACUUCUGUUACACCUACAACUUCAGUUAGUUCAACAGGUCUAGUAUUGGAAACAUCCACAUUUGAACAGACAACUGCUGAAAUAACCUCAGCUAUGACAACGACGGGCUUAACAUCUGCUUUUGAAACUACAAUGGCUCAUACUAACACUUCAUCCCUAGUUAUUACACUUGGCACCUCUUCUAUAGAAGCUAGUACCCUGGGAACCAUUUCUGUGGGAACCACUUCUGCAGAAACAACUACCCUUGGCACCACUUCUGUAGAAACAACUAUUCUGGGGCCCACUUCUGCAGAAAUGACUACCCUUAGCACCACUUCUGAAGAAACUUCUAUCAUUGGCACUACUUCUGUAGAGUCGACCACUCUGGGCACUACUGCUGCAGAAACCACUAUCUUGGGCACCAGUUCUGUUGAAUCCACCACUCUGGGCACCACUUCUGUAGAAACUACAGCUUUGGUCACUUUUACAGAUCUGGUAUUGGAAACUACCACGUUUGAAAUGACAACUGUGGAAAAUGAAACAUCUGCCACAGAUCUACGUCUGCAGAAACUACUACCUUUUACACCACUUCUAUUGAAACUACUACCCUAG